CAGGUCCAAGAUGGCGGCGGCGGCGGCUCCUCCGGCUCCAUCUCCGCCUCCCCCUCCUCCGGCAGGGCCCUGCUGCCCGGGCUCCUGGCCUAACUUCGCCGUCGUCUGCUCCUUCCUCGAGCGUUACGGGGCCUUGCUGGACCUGCCCGAGCUGCCCUUCCCCGAGCUGGAGCGCGUCCUGCAGCCGCCGCAGGAGCCCGGAGACCAGGUUCCAAAAGAACUGGUGGAGCUCCACUUGAAACUGAUGAGAAAGAUUGGGAAGUCUGUCACAGCAGACAGAUGGGAAAAAUAUUUGAUCAAGAUAUGCCAAGAAUUCAACAGCACUUGGGCUUGGGAGAUGGAAAAAAAAGGAUACCUAGAAAUGAGUGUUGAAUGCAAACUGGGGAUUCUGAAGUAUCUCUGUGAAUGUCAGUUUGAUGACAAUCUGAAGUUUAAGAACAUCAUUAAUGAGGAGGAUGCCGAUGCCAUGCGCCUCCAGCCCAUCGGUCGAGACAAGGAUGGCCUGAUGUAUUGGUACCAGCUGGAUCAAGAGCACAAUGUCAGGAUGUACAUAGAAGAACAGGAUGACCAGGAUGGAUCCACGUGGAAGUGCAUUGUUAGAAACCGCAAUGAGCUUGCUGAGACCCUUGAGCUCUUGAAAGCACAAAUUGAUCCUGCCCUGUUGAAAAACAACCCCUCUCAGCAGGAGAAUUCAUCACGUGAGAGCCCAAGCAUCGAAGAUGAAGACACCAAAAAGGGUGAAGAAGCAUCUACACAAGAAAAUCAAUUAAAAAUCAAAGAAGAGAAAGAGGAGGUGGAGGAACAGGCAAUGGAAAUGGAAAGCCCCUCUCUUACUGUUGUUAAAGAAGAUGAAAAUAUGAAAAUUGAGAAAGUGGAAGAAAAAGAAAUCAUAAAAUUGCCAGUAAUAGUAAAGUUAGAGAAACCCUCAGAAUACAAUGAAGAAAAGCAAAGUGUCAAAGAAGAGAGUGACUCCUUUAAGGAAAAUGUCAAGCCUGUUAAAGUAGAGGUGAAGGAAAACAAAACAGAAUCAAAAGACUUAAAAGAAGUAAAAAGCUGUACAGACAAAAUAGCAGUUCAUGAGCCAGAGAGGUUAGAAUUUUGUGUUAAUGUCAGAACUCCCCAAGAAAUGGUGGAGAAAUCUGUGGAAGAAAGUGAGAAACUUAAAAAUGACCAACAGGCAAAAAUACCACUUAAAAAACGAGAGAUCAAGCUGACAGAUGAUUAUGACAGCCCCAUAAAGGGGCCCCUGUGUAAAUGUGUUACUCCAACAAAGGAUGUCUUGAAGGAAGAAGGGAAACUAGAAGAAGAAGCUUUUAAGAGAGUCCCUACAAUUACUGCUUUAUGUCCUGAUGGGAAGGUGCUAGUAAAUGGAGAGGUUAGCUGUGAAAAAAUAACCCCAAGUGUCAUACAAAAUAAUAAGGCAGAACACUCUGCUAGCACAAAGGAAGAGAGCAGCUCCUUAAAAGAGAGAAAUGGAAAGAGUGGAGAAAAGGUAUCAGACUCCCUGAAUGUAUCAGACUCUGUUAGUAAAAUGAUAAAAAUGUGCGAGGUUGAGAAAAAUGCAGUAACUGUGGUGAAAGAAACAGGGACUGUGGUCUCUGAGGUUUCUAAUCAGAAAGUGCCUUUAAAGGAGGAAUCUAGUCCUGUGGAAAAAGAAUCCCUUGACAGCACAACUACUGAGAUGGUAGUGGAAGAGUCUUCAAGCUCUGAAGAGUGUGCCAAAACAACUGAAGAGAAAGUAGCCAUGAAAAAUAAAAAAGACAUACUACUGUCACCCAAAGAAUGUUUAGAGAAGGUAGAGAAGUCCCCAAGUGUAUCUGCUCCUGCAGAACUGCCCAGGCUUACACCAUCUGAUGAAGAGACUUUGACAAGUAAAGGUGAGUCUGAGGAGAAACCUGAUCCUCCAAAAGCUGCUGAGACAACUACAUCUACUUCUGCUGUUACUUUAGAAAAGCCUGUUUUGGAAAAGGAGAGCUCUGAGGGCCAGGCAGAGAAGGAGAGCUCUGAGGGCCAGGCAGAGAAGGAGAGCUCUGAGGGCCAGGCAGAGAAGGAGAGCUCUGAGGGCCAGGCAGAGAAGGAGAGCUCUGAGGGCCAGGCAGAGAAGGAGAGCUCUGAGGGCCAGGCAGAAGAGGAGAGCUCUGAGGGCCAGACAGAGAAGGAGAGCUCUGAGGGCCAGGCAGAGAAGGAGAGCUCUGAGGGCCAGGCAGAAGAGGAGAGCUCUGAGGGCCAGGCAGAGAAGGAGAGCUCUGAGGGCCAGGCAGAGAAGGAGAGCUCUGAGGGCCAGGCAGAGAAGGAGAGCUCUGAGGGCCAGGCAGAGAAGGAGAGCUCUGAGGGCCAGGCAGAGAAGGAGAGCUCUGAGGGCCAGGCAGAGAAGCAGAGCUCUGAGGGCCAGGCAGAGAAGCAGAGCUCUGAGGGCCAGACAGCUCUACCUGAGGAGAGCAAAGUAGAAGAAAAAUCCAGCCCUGAAAAACAAGAGGAAGAGCAGGAAGCUGCCAAGACAGAGCCAGAUAGAUUAGAUUAUGCUCAUGCUUCUAAUCUAGAGGACUCCUCAGAGAUUAAAAAGGAAUCUCCACUACCUAAGAGCAAAUUUAAAUAUAAGCUAGUUUCUGAGGAAGGAAGCUGUGAAACAGAUAAUAAAGAAAUAACUUCUGAAAGACAGAAAGAAGGAAUUAAAUUAACAAUCAGGAUCUCCAGUCGGAAGAGAAAGACGGAAACACCACCAGAAGAGGUCAGCGGUGGCCGCACGUUGAGAAGAUCUCCAAGGAUAUCCAAGCCCACUCCAAAGGUUGUGGAGACUCGGGAUCAGAAACCUGACAAAAAACGACCUGAAGAGGAAGAGGAGAAACCUGCAGCAGCACAAAAACCAGAACGAAAAGAAGAUGCAAAAAAACAAGAGAAGGAGUCAAAUUCUAAGGUUAACAAGAGAAGCAAAGUUCGGUGGACAGGCACACGAACACGUGGCAGGUGGAAAUACUCAAGUAAUGAAGACAGUGAGGACUCGGAGAGUGAAAAAAACUCUGAGGAGGAGGAGGAAGAGGAAGAAGAGGAGGAAGAAGAAGCUGCACCUGCUGAUGACGAUGAGCCAUGCAAGAAGUGUGGCCUUCCCAACCACCCUGAGCUGAUUUUGUUGUGUGACUCUUGUGACAGUGGGUACCACACAGCCUGUCUUCGCCCUCCCUUGAUGAUAAUCCCUGAUGGAGAGUGGUUCUGCCCACCUUGCCAACAUAAAUUGCUCUGUGAGAAAUUAGAAGAACAAUUACAAGAUCUGGAUGUUGUCUUAAAAAAGAAGGAGCGUGCAGAACGCAGAAAAGAGCGGUUGGUGUAUGUGGGUAUCAGCAUUGAGAACAUCAUUCCACCUCAGGAGCCAGAAAUACCUGAAGGCCAGGAAGAAAAGAAGAAAGACUCCAAAAAGCCAAAAUCAAAGCUGCUUGAAAGGAGGUCUACCAGAACCCGAAAGUGCAUAAGCUACAGGUUUGAUGAAUUUGAUGAAGCAAUUGAUGAGGCAAUUGAAGAUGAUAUCAAGGAGGCUGAUGGAGGAGGCAUUGGCAGAGGCAAAGACAUGUCUAAUAUCACAGGUCACCGUGGAAAAGACAUUUCCACAAUCCUAGAGGAAGAAAGGAAGGAAAACAAGCGACCACAAAGGGCUGCUGCAGCACGACGCAAGAAACGACGGCGACUAAAUGACUUGGAUAGUGACAGUAACUUGGAUGAAGAAGAGAGCGAGGAUGAAUUCAAGAUCAGUGAUGGAUCUCAGGAUGAGUUUGUUAUAUCAGAGGAAAAUCUGGAUGAGAGUGAAGAUGACCCCCCAUCAAACGAAGACAGUGAUUCAGAGUUCUGUGCCCGCAUAUCCAGGCGACACCUCUCCAGGCCCAUGAGGCAAAGCAGGAGGUUACGAAGGAAAACAGUCAAGAAAAAAUAUUCUGAAGAUGAUGAAGAAGAAGAUUCUGAGGAAAAUUCAAGCAGAGAGUCUGAGAGUGGUGAUUACUCAGAUUACAGUGAUGAUGAUUACCUGGAAACGAGGAGGAGAAGAUCAAGACGGAAUCAGAAGAGACAAGUUAAUUAUAAGGAAGAUUCAGAAAGUGAUGGCUCACAGAAAAGUGUCCGGUACGGGAAGGAGUUAAGAAGAGUUCAUAAACGCAGGCUCUCCACUUCAGAUAGUGAAGAGAGCUACACAUCUAAGAACUCUGAAGAUGACGAAUCCACAAAGGAGUCAAAGCGACUGAUCCGGAAACGUCGGCGAAGCACGGACGACUACUCCGAGGAAGGAGGAGAGGAUGAGGAAGAGGAAGGGAGGCCCGUCCGCAAGCGGCCGAAUCGGAUCGAAACAGACGACGAAGACAACGGCGAAAACGCUAACGAGGACCCGGAAAACCCCGCUCCUGCAAAUAAGCUGCCAGCACCACAAGCUCCUCAAGACACCACCAAGAAGCACUGCUACCGGAUAGAAAGCGACGAAGAAGAUGACUUUGAUAACGUAGGGAAAGUAGAGAGCCCUUUGGACUACAGCCUGGUGGACUUGCCUUCCACCAACGGACAGAGCCCAGGUAAAACCAUUGAGAACUUGAUUGGCAAACCAAGCGAGAAGACCCAGGUCCCCAAGGACAGCACAGCCAGUGCCAGCCUGGCGCCCAAUGGGACAGGGAGUGGGCAGGAAGCAGUAGGGCCAGAGGAAGAUGAAGAUGAACUAUUGAGAGUGACUGACCUUGUUGAUUACGUCUGUAACAGUGAACAGUUAUAAGACUUCCAUUUUUGUGCUAAUUUAUUCCACGGUAGCUCAUACCAGCGGGCCAGUUAUUAAAAGCUGUUUUAUUUUUCCUAGAAAAUUCUCCACUACAGUAUCACUUUUUAGAAGCAAGAAUUUCACCAGUCCUGCAGUCUUUCUGUGAAGUGACCAGUUUUGAACUUUGAAGAUGAAUUGCUGUAAAUUCCCUCUCUCACUCCCUCCCCUCCCCCCCCUCCCCCCCCCCCCUCGCCUUCUCCUUCCAAGUCCAUGGUCCUGGGUAAUUUCACUCACAAAAACCUUAUAACAACAAGAGAUUUGUAUAUUUUUGACUUUAUAUUUCCUGAGUGCAUACAAAUUUGUGGAAAUGGGUGGCCUAAGAAUGCAUUCCAAAUCGGUCAGGGCCCAAACCGGAACUGGGGUGGGUUUGGCUCAAGGGGUGUGGGGUGGGGGGGGGGGAUGUGCAGAAGCACUUGUGCUUUAGCUUUUUCAUAUGAGAUAUAUAUUAUAUUUAAAUGUUCACAACUUAGAUUACAACUUAACAGACAGUUAAAAAAAUUAAUGUCUGUACUGUCGCAUUUUGUGAGUUGUAGGUUAACAUACCAUAGCUCAUUUUAGUAAUCACCUUCAUGGAAGCAGUUUGAUUUUAAUACUGGAGGCAAACAGAAUUAUUAGAGGCCAAGAAGGUACCAUAAACAAGAACUCUACUAUCCAUUAUGACUUGCAGACUUUCCUAAUAAACAUCCUUUCAAGUGUUUGUACAGUAAAGUGUACUGUAAUGAAGUUUUUGACAGUUGAAACACACUAGCCAUGAAUUUUACACAGCUGUCUCCUGCAUGGUCCAUCAGAUGGUCUUCGAUGCACACUAGUGGGAGGACGGAUGGAUGGGAAGUUGGUCUGUAAGUUGGAUGGCAUCUUAACGUGCUGCAAACCUUUACAGACAAAAGAACCCUGCAGUAGCUGCCUGGCCACUGGAGCUUCACCAACUCUUGGGAGUGUUCUGAGUGAAAUGUGUUGGUACACUGACCACAGAAUGACAGUGCAUCAGAGGAUUGAGGGGUUUCUCAAAUAAACCGUGACUGGUCCAUUCAUGUCCUUAAUAUCUACUUCAAAUUGAAGUAAACAAAUGGAACAGUUUUCCUUUUGGAGGUUUUCUGUUUGGGGUUUGUGUGUAUUUUUCUUUUGACUUUUCUUCUGCUGCCUGGAUGUAUUAGCAGGUUUUGAAUGUAAGUGUUGGCCUUUGGCCGUUAGGAUUUUCUUAAAAUACAUUUUAAUAAUUGUCAUGUGACCAACUGAUUUCAAGAAGGCAGUAUUUCUGAGAGAAAAUGCUUGACUCCAAGACACCUCCUCAACUUUAGAGUGGGCAUGAAGUGAUAUGUGCUUUUAUUCAAGAAAAAACAACAACAAAAGAAACAAUUAAAAACCAACAUAGGGCACAUAAGAAAGAGCAGAGUCAAAAUCUGUUUUGCAUGGCAUUCAGUUUUCUCUUUAUUCUGAGUUAAGAUGCAGGCUGUAGCAUUUGUAAAUGUUGUAGCACACAGCUCCAACAGAUCUGCCAGACGUUGAAAUCCAAAAAGGUCACAUUUGUUCAUCCUUUUGCUCUGAGAUCUGGAUUUUUGACUGGUGUUUAUGUCCAUUGCUGGCAAUGGAUGCACCAAAACUGCUGCUGCCACCGAGGAGUGAGUUCUCCUUUCCUGCCCCACCUGAUUCCCUUCCAUUAUAUUGUAUUUACUAGUCAGUCAUUGAGCACUUCUGUUUUCUUGUAAUAAAGCUGGCAUUAGGCCUUUACUGAAUACCUCUGUAGAAAACAUAGAUCCAAAAAUUACCUGCCUUCUGGCCUUGAAAGUCUUGGUUUUGUUUCCCCACCUCUUUCUCCAUGAGUUUAAUCAGAACCACUCCAUGGCUCCUACUCGUGUGGGUUCCAGCAGUGCACACAUGCUGCUAUCAAACUAGGAUCAUCAGAGCUGCAAGAAGGUGGAACUUGCUCAGUGUCUGCUGUGCUAAGCAAGCUUGUGAUUUUUAAACAGAUGAGAAAUCACUCUUUUCCCAAAUAAGAACUUAAUUCCAUCAAAGAUUAAAUCUUUUUCCACCUUAUCAAUGUUAACUAUUAAGAGAUAUUAAAACAGGGUAGAGAAAAGCCACAAAAGUUUAGAAUAAGUUGUUAAAAAGCAUAUGUAGCAUUUUAAGCUACUCUAGUGUUUUUUCUUUGCCUAGGGGAUGCAUAAAUGUAGUGCUUCUACAUUUCUAACAUACUUGUGUUUGAAAACAAGCAAGAACAUAAAGCUUCCACUUUUCAAUGUUAAUAAUUGCUGAGCAUUUUUAGCAUGUGCAGUGCAACCUGUCUGAUGAGCUUGCAGCAACACUGGGCAGCCACUAGUUUCUCACUUGUUUUGGUAGUGCCAUAAUCUUCCUUUUGCUGCCUGGUGGAGCCUUUUAGUAUCUGUUAAGUGCUGCAGCAAGCAUUCCUGCAUGGAGAGUCAAUCCCAAAUGUUAAAUACUUCGUGGGCAAGUAGUUGUGAAUGUAAGAAAAUAAUAGAGUUAAGAUACUGAAUUUACCAGCCAGGAAAAAAAGCUGGGUACUGUGGUAGGGAGUGAUGUGGAAGCAGGAAGGACCAGGAAGCAGAACUGGGGCACUGAAGCCUGCAUCAGGAGUGUCAUGUUUUAAAAAUUGGGAAUGACAGGAUGAUACCAAAUUUUACUUUGUACCUGUUGCUUUUCAAAAACAACUUUCUGUCUCCCAACAAAUCCCCUUUGGUACCUGAGACAGCUUCACCCCCCAAGAUCCUGAGUUCUCCCUUAGACCACUGGGAAUGUUGUGUAACUGACAACUUCAGAAAAUGCACUAGAAACUCUUAGCAUGUUCAAACUCGUAUUUUUCUCAUUUCUAAGGCUUCCUGCUUGAUGGGAAAUGUACAGUCUCCUCUUUGGAAAGAUGCCACUUCAUGACAUGAGGCCAGCUGACUGCUGCACAGGGUUCAUGCUGUUACAGUAUGUAUCUGUGAUUCCAGCGUGGAAAUGUUCUCCUGGUGUCCUCAGCAUCUCGUGUUUUUCUGUACUUGUGAGAUCAGAAUUUAAAUGUCUUUGAAUAGUGAUUUCAGGUGUGUCUUUGAGCAAACAGAAAGCUCAAACCAUAUGAGGAAAAGAGUGAAAACUGGCCAGGGAUUUUUUCAACAUCCUGGAUUUAAAAGUACAAGAACAAGCAGGCAUUGCCUGAAAGUAACAAAGCAGUUAUUCAACAAACUCUUGUUUAUUCCACACAGGUUGUCCUUCAAAGCUUUAACUGCAAACUCUUCAGAGUAUAACUGCUUCGGAACAAAGCAAAUUGAUUUCUAUGUGCAAUUUAACUAGCACUGGUGAGGGGAAGAAUCUUUAAGUGGAGUGGAAGGAUGGACUGGUUUGUGUCACCAAGACAAAGGCUGGCUGUUGGGUUUCUUGCACGUUGCUACCAGCGUGUGAUUCUUGGCAACACAAAGUGCACAGGUGGUUCACUCUGUAAUUAGUGACUGUGCUGCAUUAGUCUAACCAGGAGGGGGGUAGAGUUAAGAACUCGGUUUCAUCACAGUUGCUGUCAUCUAGUUCCUGAGUCUUGUAAACCUGAGUGUAUUCUUGAUUUUAAAAUAGAAAAUGGUAUCAUCAAACUACAGAAAACCCUUAGUGGUGGAAUCUUGUAGGAAGAUCAGUGCUGAACAAUCAAGUCUUUGAGAGUUUGACUUCAUACAUGUUGAAUUGCAUUCUAAAGUCACUGCAGCUUCCUGAUUUUUUUUUAAUGAAAAGAUUGCUCUGUUAUAAAAGCACUUGAGAUGCUUUUUUUUCUAAAUUGUUCCUAUGUAAGUGUAUCACCUUCAAGAUUUCUUUGGUUUAAAGUGUCAUAGAGCAGGAGCUAAUAACUGAGUUGGACUCAUUUUCUGUUCCCUUCUGUUCUCUAAUUGCUGUGUCUGAACUCUUGGUGAAAGAACUUACUCAAAAGAAAAAAGGAGGAAAAAAUGUAUGUUCACACAAGAGAAAUUGUGUGCUAGGGUAGCAUUGUUCUGAUUUGUCUUCACAUCUGUCAUUUGAACUACAUGGGUAUCCAAGUGCUGCAACUGUUAAAUAAUCUUAAUAGUUCAUUAUCAGGGUGUGCAUUUUAUACCUGUUUUCAGGCACUUAUAACUUGGUUUCCAAUGCUCAUCAAUAGAAAAGCCUGGCCUGAACUUUCAAAGAAGUUCACAGCCUUCUUUUAUCAACAGUAAAUGAGGAGUUUUGGUGGCACCUGCUUUUUAAAUUUGCAAUGCACACAGUCAUGUAAAUAAAUGGUGGCAGUGAUGUUAGCCCCCCAGAACUGGUCUGACAAAGAGAUUUGUAUCAUCUUCAAAAUGGCAACACAUGGGCCUUGAAACUUGGUUUUGGUACAUGUGCAGUGACUACUACUCACAGGCUUAUGGAUAUAAUGUACAGUUUGCACCCUACAUAUGUAUUUACAUUUGAUGUAAGCUUCCAAUUCACUAGGUAUAGAAAAUCCUGAAAUAUAUAAAUAGAUAUAUAAUAGAUUUAAGUAUCUUCAACCAAAACAGUAACUUCCUGAUAAAAAAAAUAAUGUGUUGAAUAAGGUGGGGGAAACCAGCAAUUCAUGUGAAGGAGCCCAAUUCUGCAAUUCCUUAAGUGUUCAAAACUUCUGUGGAAGCAUCCAGGAUAUUGUCUGCCAUGAGGAUUUGCAGGAUCAAGUCCACAUUUCCUGGAAGUCUUUUCUUCCUACCCUUGCUUAACAGUUGGGAUAGGGACUAUAUCUCACUUAAAAUGUUGGCAGAAAAUAAAAAAAAUCCAACAGAAAUUAUCCUUAUUUUUUUCCACUAUUUACUCACGUAAGAAAAAUUUUAUAUGACUUAUUUUUGGUGCUUUAUAGAGUUAGGUAUCCAAUCUGAGACAUAGCAGAGAGGUCUAGCUUCAGAAAUUUUUAUCACUUGAAAACAAUUUCUGAAGCUGGGCAGCCAGCAGUUGGGGUACUGAAGAUUACUAGUCACUUUUGAAAAGGUGUGUCACUUACCAAGCUGUUAUUUUAGGUUAGGUGUAAACUAACUGAGAUAGUUCCAAGGGGCAAAACCGUGUGCUUGGGAAUGGAUUGUCCUGAUGCUUCAGAGUAAUUUAACUUAUUUUGUAUAUUGCAAAAGAUGUAUAUUGCUUAGUAUGACACUUCAAGGACUCUGUACAGCUUCUGGGGGAAAGAAUAGAACACUCUAAAAGUAGGUAAGAAGUUUUUAUAAUUGAGUAUGUGGUGUAAAGGCUCCAGAUUGAACUGCAAUUAAAAGGAAGUCCUACAACUUGGGUUUUUGACUAUCAUUUUGUAAAUGCUGGCACCCCACACCUGAGCUGAAGAGCAGGAGAGGGGACAAUACAGCAGUUAGGGGGGGACACGUGCUUGAUGAAGGCACAGGUGUUGGUGAAUAGAUCUACUAUGGCUACAUAUAACCCCAAAGGUUAGGAAGGAGCACGGAGCGAUGGGGUGGCUCUCUCGCUCGGCUGGUUUCCUUCUGCACUUUGCAGCACUUUGUGUAUAGUCAGUCUCACUGGUUCCCCAGGUGCAGACAGAGCUGGUUUCUCCUGCUGUUUGGAUGUGCUGGUUCAGUAAGAGCAGGAGAUGGGGAAUGGAUGGAGGGAAGUGGAACAGAAAAAUGUGUAUGCAAACCCAUGCAAUUUGCAAGAGAGGUCUCAGGCCUGAAAAUUGCUUCUGACUCUCCCAUUACAGACUGUAUUUCCACUGGAAGGCCUCCCUUAAAGAGAAUCAUCCCAAUACCCUCCUUUUCUCAUCCUGACUUUCAAAGCAACAGGAAAAAGCUACCUGAGGUCUCCUUCCUUGAGGGGGUCAGUAACGUUCCAUCAGCACAAUAUGGAUGUGGAGAAAAUUAGAAUCAGCCCAUAGAGUGUUAUGGCAAUGUUUGUUUGCCUCUGGGAACAUAGGUUGGAGUCCACACUGUUUGCUUUGUUGUUUGUUCCUCUUACUGUGUCCCGCACAACUAAACUUUGAUUAGUCUGUCAGAAUUUGACUUCAAUGAUUCCAUGGGGAUAAAGUCCUUCUGCUAAAACAUAUGAUAGGCCUAGUUACCAGUGCACCAUUGGUUAGAGCAGUUUAAAGUCCUUAAUAGCUACUAAUCUGCUGCUCAAUGUAGUGGUAGAACAGGCAAUCAAAUCAUAAAGUUGUAAGCCUUGUUUAGUUUUCCAUCUCAUACUCGUUAUAUGGACUCUAAAAUUGUGUACAGUCUCUUAUUCCUAGACUAUAUGAAUUAAAAUGGUACUCCUCCCCCUAACUCCCAUGAGAAUAUUUGUUGUUAAUGCCAAUGUGGUUGCUAGUUCCUACCUGUGCUUCACAGCCCUCCUGCAGCAGCCAGGAGAUGGUCUGUGACCAAUUCAGAAGCGCCACGUCGCCGUUCCGAGGGCACAACAGUUCUCAGACAGGCACAGAUCCUGUACCUGAGACAAACACCAGGCACAUCCUGUGUCCCAGGUAACACAGGACAGGUUACCUGCCAGCAGAAGGGUUGUCCUUCAGCAUUCUGUGAGUAUUAGAUGAAACCUGCCAGAUAAGGCUCUUCAAAUUGAAGAUGUACUCACAUGAAAUACAGUUUUGUCUUACUCCUGUGUGUGCUGUUUGUAUGUUUGCAAAAAAGCCCUUCAGUCCCUUAAAAAAUGGUCUCACUCACAGUUGGCCUCAUUUUUUGUUUUCUUUCUCUAAAGAAUUAACAUGGUAAAAGUUCCACAAGCUGAGCUCUUUGCUGUGUAGAGUUUAAUCCUUGCGUUUCUUGAGUCCUGAACUUUUUUCAGUCUCUCUUCAAUCAUGACUUGCUACAAUCUCAAAGGGAAAGGACUGAGGGGACACACACUGUGUGUGUGUGGGGUGGGGUUGGGGGGAGAUAUGCUGAAAAAACUGGAAGUGUUAUUCUUGUUGCACAUAAAUUGGGUGGUGCUUUCACUGUCAUUUCCCCCCCACACACCACUGGUAUCACGUGCAUGAUGCAUUAAGCCUUUUUUUUCAAUGGAAGUCAUGGUGGCCUCAGUGCUCAAAGGGUUAACUGCAGUUUAUUAACAGCUCAUGUUUUUAGAUUUGCAGUACACAACUGUUUAAAUACUGUAUUCCUUGUAAAUGAAGUAAAAAAAAUAAUAAUAAUAACGUUAAGGCUGGUGCCAAUAUUUUUGUUAAUGACUUGUUCAGCAUUGUCUCUCACUACAGUCUGGUCAGAACUCUUUGUGUAUAAGCUGGGCCUGAAGCCAUUUUAUAGCUUGUAGGCCUAAUUGUGUAACUUUUCUUUCAUAAUGUUUUUGUUAUAAUAUCUACUGUCAUUUCUUUCAUAUAAAUAUGACAUGUAAAUUGUCAUAAUAAAAACAAAAAAUUGAAAUAA